AUGAAGCCAUCCCUCUCUGUAUUCCCCAGCUUCCUCCUUGUGGCUCUGCUGUUUUUAGGACUAUCUGGAGCCAGAAAUGAGGACCUUCAAGGCACUGAGGGUCCCAGAGAACCCAGGGAAGAGUCUCCUGGACAAGGAACAAACGGGUCUCAUUUGCUACACCACCAAGAGAAACGCCACAUCUUACCGCGUACUCCCCCUUAUGAGGAACCAGAACCAGAUUUCAAAGUGGUCAACUGCAAGAAAAGUGAAGGCUACUGUCAAGAAUACUGUAAUUAUAUGGAAACACAAGUGGGUUACUGCUUUAAAAAGAAAUACACCUGCUGUUUACAUCACAACUGAACUUGCUGACACAGAAGCCAGAAUUUGGUCCCCUCGCCGGCUCUCUGGGUCCUGUCCCUAACGCAGACACAGGGGUUUUUGGAGAAAGGACUAGCUGAGGUGUUGUCAUCUGAGCUGGAGAGUUUCGACAUGUUAUUCCAACUAAAAGAGAGAUGAAAACCCACUACGCCUGCCCUUAGAGAAAGUGACUUAGCCUGACGUGGACAAAAUCCUCAAAAAUCAACAGUUUUUGCUGGUAGAUGUGGAUGUAAUAAACUUUCACAAGAAAGCAUUCAAGUCA